ACGGAUCUGAGGACGACAGCAAGAAUCCAAUGCAAGAUGAGAUCUGGCCUCGGAAGGCUGUCUGGAAGUACUUGGUACACCUCCGUACCAGGCAGGCCGGUACGAGCCAAUCAGCAGCUCGGCGGGCAGGGCGGCAGGGCGGCAGUAGCUCCUGUUGGGUGAUGAGUGGGGCAAUCUCGCUGCUCUUGCAUGUCGUCCUUGUUGGACUCGCCACAGUACCCCGGAUUUUCCCCAGACGACAAGCUGACUAGAGCUAGGCAAGCUAGGGAGCUAGGAUCAUUCCGGUGCAGCAGACCAGUAGCGGCAUUGCCAGGGUAGCAUACCCAGGUGGGCUGCAUAGAGCAGAGGGGCGGGGCCAAGCUCCUGGCCCACCCUUGCUCGAUGUGAGCGUCAGUCAGGUCACGCGAUGGGCUGAUUGACGAUGGAUGUCGUCCCGGACUCUACGCAGGAGAGGCUGGAGCUGCAGGAACACCCCACGGGCACGGCGGGACUGGCCCCCAGGCAGAGUGGGAGAGACAGACAAGGGAGAGUCACAGGGCACGGGCAAAUAACAACAAGGAGCGGCAGAGGGAGAGGCAGAGACGCAGGCACAGGUAAAGAGAACUACCUUGAUGCAAGUACCUCAUCGGCACUGUGGCAAGGCAGAGAUACUUCCUGUCUGGUACCCUACCCGCCUCACCUCCCUGGCCGGCCCACCUAUUCUGAGGUUGGUGCAGCAGUCCUCAGGUGCUCUGGCUGUCUGUCUGGUGAGGAGAGGGGCACAAGGGGAUACGACGGCGCAGCUUGGGAAGUCACGCUCGCCCUCACGCCAUAGCCCCUUUCGUAGCCUGGACAAUGCGUGCCUGCCAUGUCGGCCCAUUACCCAAUGCCGGCCAACCAGAAUAACCUUCCCACCUUCCCCUCCUCUUGUACUUUAUUCGAGCUUCCCCCUCUUCUCGUGCUCUCUCCCUGAAACCCAUCACCAUCAGAUCAAGUCAUCAACCUUCUGCAACACACAACUGCUUUACCAUCACCCGGGUCCUCAGAAGUGACCCUGCCAUCCACAGAACACAUCCAAUACUCCUUUCAGCCUCUUGUACCAGAGACUCACAACACCCCAAUCCAAAAUGACGGAACCACUCUCCAAGGUUGACUCUGCCGUCGAGGGCGUCGACGCCGGCAAGGAUGUCAAGGAGACGAAGAAGCCUAGGAUGUCUUCGAUCGCGGCUCCUGGCGUGUGGAACAUCAAGGACAUUGAGGAGCAGAAGAUUGAGCUUCAAAUAGCCCCCGAGACACAGAAGACCGGAUGGAAGGUCAACACCUCGCCAUCAUCAAUUGAGGACAGGGACAUCCUGAAGAAGAUGCUCACCGAGCCACCAGUCAAGAAGAUUGACCUGCACUUCCCACUGGGCCUCGAGGUCACGGCACGGAACCUCAAGGGGGUGACGAUCAAGGAUGCACUGGAUGCUAUCCACAAGCAGUUCAAGAAGAGGCAAGAUGACGAGCUGGACAAGCCCUACCUGGCUGGGUUUGAGUGGGACAAGGAGGAGUCAUGGACCAGGCUGGUGGUUCACCUGCAGCUCAACAGCGGCGUGGUUGCUGCCCCGUCAGGCAAGAAGAAGAACAAGAAGGCUGCUGCUGAGGAGUAAAUCCGCCCUCAAGGUCGUCAGCCACUGGCCCCGGACGCUGGGGCAUAGCGAGCUUAGCAUUGAUUUGACGAGUUGGGUUGGAAGUCGGCCCUGAGGGGCAGCCCUGCGGUUGACGGCACCCUGGGCACCGGCGGGUCAAUGUAUGAUUUGAGAUCAAUGGCUCUCAUUUCGAGAGAUUAUUAUCCCUACCGCCGUGAAAAUGGUGCAGAGCACAAGUCAAUUGAAGAACAUGAUCCAUUA